UCUUCCGGUCUGUUGUCCAUAUAGAUCCAGCGACAUUCAUCCAUUUUCCAUUUCAUUUCCAACAUUCGCCCGCUUCCAUUCACCUUUCACGUCAACUUUGCCUUCCAGCACAAUCAUCAACAUGCCCGCUGCCAGACUCCGACUCGAACACAAGGUUGCCAUCAUCACUGGUGCCGGCUCCGGUAUCGGUCUUGAGACCGCCCUCCAAUUUGCCGCUGAGGGCGCCCGACUCGUCAUUUCUGACAUCAACCUCCGCAAUGUCGAGGCUGCUGCCCAGCUCAUCAACACUCAUUUCCCAGAAUGCGGUGCUGUCGCCAUCAAGUGUGAUGUGAGCAAGGAGGAGGAGGUGAAGGCCAUGGUCGAUAAGGCCGUGGAGGUGUUUGGAAGGUUGGAUGUGCUCUUCAACAACGCCGGUAUCAUGCACCCCGCUGAUGACAAUGCCAUCACUACCGAGGAGAAGGUCUGGGACCUUACUCAGAAUAUUAACGUCAAGGGUGUCUGGUUUGGAUGCAAGUAUGGUAUCUUGGCCAUGAAGAAAAACAAGCCCGAUCCUUCCAAGGGCCUCGGCAUUGGUGGUUCUAUCAUCAACGUCGCUUCCUUCGUCGCCAUCUUGGGUGCUGCCACCCCUCAACUUGCUUACACCGCCUCCAAGGGUGCUGUCCUCGCCAUGACUCGCGAACUUGCAAUGGUCCACGCCCGUGAAGGUAUCCGAUUUAACUCUCUCUGUCCCGGUCCUAUCCGAACCCCUCUCUUGAUGGAUUUCCUCAACACCCCUGAAAAGUUGAACAGGCGAAUGGUGCAUGUACCCAUGGGCAGGUUCGGUGAGGCUGUAGAGCAGGCCAAGGCUGUUGUCUUCUUGGCUUCCGAUGACUCUUCCUUCAUUAACGGUACCGACUUCUUGGUAGAUGGUGGUCUUCACAAGUGUUAUGUUACUCCCGAAGGCGAGCCUGCCCAGCCCGGCCCUACCGGAUUGCUCGCCACCCUGUCCAAAACUGCUUAAGCAAGAAAUAUACACAGAAAGCGAAACGAUGGGUGCUUAGAUUGUUAGUAUAAAAGGUGUUUGUAACAAUAUCCCCAUGAACCUAUACAAAAAUGUGCUAGCUCGUGCCCCCCCCCCUCAAUGUGCAGAUCGUCCUAUUCGCCUACCUCUGAGACAAUUUUUUGUGACCUUUAGUAACAUAAAAAAACAGGUACCCAUCCGACAGAGUAUCAUCAUGCAUGUUUUUCC